AUGACUGAUGUUGCGGCCGACUUAGGAUUCGAUCCAACGAUGAAGAAGAAGAAGAGCAAGAAGGUAGUUCCGGAAGAACUGAUUGCUGCUUCCACCGAGGGAACAGAUGAUCUUUUUGCUGGUUUGAAGAAGAAGAAGAAGAAGAGCAAGGAAGGUGAAGAAACCACUGAGAAGCAAGUGGACGACAUUUCAGAUGCUCUAGGCGAAUUGAAGUUGAAGAAAAAGAAGAAGAAGGCUGCUGCUGCCGAGAGCAGUGUGGAUGACUUUGAGAAGCAAUUAGAACAAGCAGGUAUUUCAGUCGAUGAUAUUGCCAAGGAGGCCACUCCAACUGAAAUCGAUUCUAGCAUUCAACAAGAUGUUGGCCUACCAUACCAAGACCUAUUGUCUCGUUUCUUUAAGAUUUUGAACACAAAUAAUCCUGAAUUGGCCGGUGAUAGAUCAGGUCCAAAGUUCAAGAUCCCUCCACCAAUCUGUCAAAGAGAUGGUAAGAAGACUAUAUUUGCGAACAUCCAAGAAAUUAGUGAAAAAUUACAAAGAUCCCCAGAACAUGUAAUCCAGUAUCUAUUUGCGGAAUUGGGUACCUCAGGUUCUGUUGACGGUCAAAAGAGAUUGGUCAUCAAGGGUAAGUUCUUGCCAAAGCAAAUGGAAAAUCUAUUAAGAAGGUAUAUUCUGGAAUAUGUCACCUGUAAGACUUGUAAGAGUAUCAAUACCGUAUUGAAGAAGGAACAAUCGAACAGAUUGUUCUUCUUGGUUUGUAAGAGUUGCGGUUCUACUAGAUCCGUUUCCUCCAUCAAGACCGGUUUCCAAGCCACCGUCGGUAAGAGAAAGAGAAUGUAG